UCCCUCCUGAAAGUGCAGACGCCCGCGGAGCGUCGCCGAGAUCGCAGCAAGGUGCGAAAAAAAGGCCAUCGUGGAAGUCCGCACGGCCGGCUGCGUGGGCGACGCCAGGCACGAGCGGUCCGCUAGAGAGGCUGGGGCGGCCCGGAAGCGAGGCGUGAGCGGCCUCGCGAUGCGAGACGUGAGCGGGGCCGCACAACGCGAGACGCGAGACGUGAGUCCGGGUUGGAGCCCGGGACGCCGAGCUCGAGCCGUGCACGCGCGCCGGGCCGCGUGGCCUGGACAACAAAACUUGCCAGUUGGUGCUCUGGGCCUUCAUGCCUGUCACGGCCAAGAGUAACCCUGGGCAAGAGUCCUACGAUACUGGUGUACACGCGAAAGGGCGGCCUUGGGCAAUCGCGGCCCCCGGCGCGCGGCCUCUCGAUAGCCGCACGCGACCCGGCAGCGACGGCCCGCGUGUCUGGGCCCCUCGCGCGCCCCGAAAGCCGCCCACCGCAGGCCCCCAACGGCGAAGAGGCCUUCACGCUUGCGCUCAGCCGAACUCUUCGGACCCGCCACUCGAAGCUCACUGUGCUUCUGGCCCCUGGCGAGCCGGGGCAGAUGGGCCUGUUUUCCACCACCACCUCCAUGAGUUGGAGGGGGGAUGGAGGAGGAGGAGGAGGAGGAGGAGGAGGUGGAGGAGGAGCCCCUCCCCCUCCAACUUGUGGUGGUGCUGGUGGAACACCAGCCCAGCAGUGGCGAGAGCGGCGAGGGAACUGAGCCGCGGGCAUGGGCGCUCCGGGCCCCCCACUUGCGAGGCGCCACCUCCCGCCCGGCCCCCGGGAGAGGCCGGGGCGGCCCCCGCCCGCGCCACCAGAAGAGGCCGCGGGGCGGGAGCGCGCAGGAAAGCAAGCGGGCCGCAGUCGGGCCGCACCCUGCACGCCAGGCCUGGCCGAGGCCGCAGCGGCCUCGGCGGCCCCGGCGCAAGAGGGAAGGAAGAGUGGCGCGUUGAGGGGCCCGGCCACGUCACGUCCGGCGGGCCUCGGCAGGGUCGUCGCGACCUGCUGCCUCGUCGCAGCUGCUCC